CUCAAAUCCUCCUUCAGAUGUGUAUGGAUCGCUUUUUGUUUUGUUUAUUACUUCUCUCACGAUACUGAUCGACACAGAGGCUUCUUUGCAAUUAGAUCGGCGCAUGCCAAUAUUUACCCUUUCCCUCCCUCCAACCAUCUCAACGGUAGGCACCUUACUGUAACGGCACAAACGGGGACCAGACGGGAGCCAGCGGGAGCCAACACUAUCACGAGGUACGUACUGCUGAAGAUCAGAAAACCCCAGCAAGUUCUUCCCUUGAGAACAAAAACAAAGAAAGGGACCCUUGUCCCCCGUUAUUAUUAGUGUGGGUUAAUUUAUGUCUGUGUUUACAUUGCGUAUCCAGUCAUUUGUUCUCAACAUUGCAGCAAGAGCUUUGCCUCAUUUUCUCCUCUGCUUUCUUUCACACUGCCUUAUAUUUGUUCUGUUGCCUUGCUGCUGAUAAGUUACUCCUUUUUAUUUGUAGCAUUGACCAACCAACCAAUACUUCAACACAAAAGGACCAUACUGCUUCAGAUACAUGAACUAAAGUCAAUUCUGUCAGUCGUUGCAAUGCGAAAUCGUCUUCAUAAAAAGGAUUUCUCGAUUCACAAAGACACAGUCAACGCCGCCGCCACAGUUGCAAGUAAAUCCACCGAACCACAUGCUCCUCCUUUGGACGAGGAAAAGACCUUGACUCCCGCCUCUACCGGCGCCAUCAACAGCAUGAAAGCCCGGAGCCCUACCUCCUAUAAACCGGCCGUCGCCAGGUCCAGCACAAUUAGAAGCGUUCGGAGCUUUGAGGGCUCCGAGUCUAGCCCCGAAAGCAAAUACAGCAAUUUCUCCAGUAGUAUGAACAGUACCACAAGCGCCCUGUCCAACUCCAACUCCGAUUCCAACUUCCACAACCAGACACACCUCAAAUCCAAGACCGAACACGACACACAUACAGCGACACCGUCGCGCUGGAGCACUGGUGCUGCGCGCGUGGUUGAGCCUACUCCAGAUCCAGAUAAUUCCGCCAUGUCAGAAAACGUUGAAGCGCCAGACAGUCAAUGGGACUCGACAAUAGGCAAAGCCGGUCUGGGAAAGACCGGUCGCGUGAUAAACAAACUUGUCAGCGACAACGAGGCUCUGAAGCGCGACAUAAAGAUUGAGCGCCUAAAAGCAGACGAGGCCAAGCAAGCGGCCAAGUUGGUUGAGGACAAGCUCGAACGUAUGGUCAACGAUUAUGAGAGCCGACUACUCGAGGCCAAUGUUACUAAGACACUGCUGGCUCGAAAAGAACGCCAGGUGGAGACCUUGCAAACAACCGUCGAACUAGAGAAGAAGAAGGCUAUAGAUGCUCUCCAACGCGAAAAGAGCUGGAGGGAGGAGAUGGAGAAGACGAGAAAAGAUGCAACGACCCAAGUCGAAGAAGCAACUAGCUAUGCGCAGUUGAUGGAGGGCCGCUAUAAUGCCAUCUCGUCCCACUGGCAGGACCAAGGAGAAGAAGUCAAACGAGCCGUCUCCAAGAUGAAAUCCGAGAUCGACCAACUCAAUGAGGAGCGACGAGCAGACGACGACAAAAUCCAAACACUAAGAGAUCUGUGCGACCAGCAAGAUAGCAACAUCAAGCAACUUCGACACGAAAAGGAGGAGAUUGCUCGUAUGUUUGAGGAAUACAAACAGAGCCAAGAACAAGGCCUCAAAGAUAUCAAGACCAACGCCAGAAAGCGAGAAGAUGAGCAAGAAGCUCUGCUAGAAGCUUCUAGGGAAACUCUCAACAAGCUGAGAUGGGCGCUGAAUGUUAAAGAAAACGUCAAAGGCGCGCAAUAAGAAUAGCCAAUCUUGUUGCGCUACCAUCCGUCAAACGAGUUGUGGUGUCCGCAACUCACUUACCUGGCGAGCUACAUCUCCCUGCAUGUGCGAUUUGAUCGAUUCAUUUACCUCUCUUCGACGAGUCGACUCGCUGGGCCCAGUUUCUUUCCCGAAGCUCCAAACAGCUUCUUGACUUUACGUCUACGAAUACUUGAUGACCAUCGCUACCUCGAUACCACUCCUUGUAUACUCUGCUCUUCUGCUCUUUAGACACAUUACAUGGCCUGGAAAUUUACGCUGGAUUUGAAUUUGUUUCUGUAACCCGUCUCGGUUACUUACAUAACACUGGAAAGGGACGUGCCGAGGUGUUAUAGGUGUUUGGGGUUCUUUUUGUGCUGUGCCGAGGCUUGAUGCCUCACAAUCAAGAAAUAGUGAUAUAUUCGGAUAUAGAUAUGUCGUCAUACCAGGUAAAACAACCUGUGGGCAGGGAGAAGAAAACAAACCGGAAUAUAAUUGGGAUCUCUAUAGAGUGCCUGGUUAGUUACGAGACAAUCACACUUAUCUGAAUAUUUCGUUUACUGAAGUUGGCGGUGCAUCAAGCUACGAUGUUGCUGGAAGAUCUCAUACUUCAUCCUUCCUUCCUCACUUUCAACAAAUGUAAUUAUCUUACUUGACAGCCCCCUUUUGAGCCAUCUCUAAGAAGAAGUCAGAGAUGUUAAAGGUGUACGUAUAUAUAACCAACUUCCCUGUUGCUCAUGAAUUGCAGGC